AUGAAUCCUAGCAGCCAGUUUGGCCAAGAGGCCAUAGCCAACAUGGAGAUAGAGAUGAUGACAGACCUCUACAACAGGUUGUCAAAGACGUGCCACAAGAAAUGUAUUCCGCCAAAGUACCACGAGGGAGAUCUGAGUAAGGGAGAGGCCAUAUGCAUCGAUCGCUGCGUGGGCAAGUUCAUGGAGGUGCACGACAGAAUAGGCAAGAAACUGACCAGCAUGUAUGCACAGGACCAAGCCGCAGCGGCUGCUCAGAGAUAG